UGGGUAACAAGAGCGAAACUCCGUCUCAAAAAAACAAAAAACAAACAAAACUAACAAUAAGUUUGUUUCUUAUGUUGGUAUAACAGCAUGGUAGUUAGUUCAUAAUAUGAAAUUAAAAAUUUUUGAAUAUGGGUAUACCCCCAUAUUCAAAUUUUCCCAAUUCUUUCAAAGACAUAUUUUUACAGUAGGUUUGUUGAAAUCUGGAUCAAAAUAGAAUUCACACAUUGCACUUGGUGGCUAAAACUCUUGAACUUCUUUAAUCCAUGACAGUUUCCCUCCUGUGUUUUGUUUUGGUUUGUUUUAAUUGAUGCUGCUGAUUUGUAGAAAAACUAGAUCAUUUGUCCUGUAGAAUAUUCUGUAUUCUGCUUUUAGCUAACUGCUUCCUUGUACUGUCAUAUAAUUGUUUUCCAUUCCUUCAUAUUUCUGUAAACAGGCAGCUAGAUCUAGAGGCUUGAUCAGAUUCAGAUCAGAUUUUCCUAAAUCACCUUUUUAGGGAAAAGUAAUUCAUAGUUGGCACUGUGCACUUCCUAUUACAUUGCAUCAUGAGGCCCUUACAGUCAGGUGUCCCACUUUCAGUGAUGUCAUAUUGAUGUGUUUAAAUGUUGUUCAUUUAAUCCUUUCCUUUUUUGCACCUAAAUUAGCAUGCAUUCUCAAUGAGGGUGGAGGAUAUCUCAAACUUGUUUGUGACAAGGAAGAGCCCAAAAACUCAUAGCACUGGCUUCUGUGGACUUCACACACCUCCAGGAGAGGAACCCAGAAAACUGAUCACUUCUGACAGUUCUAAAAAACCAUGCCCCAUUUGUUGGUGACUUUCAGGGAUGUGGCCAUUGACUUCUCUCAGGAGGAAUGGGAAUGCCUGGACCCUGCUCAGAGGGACUUGUACAGGGAUGUGAUGUUGGAGAACUACAGCAACCUGAUCUCAUUGGGUUGUACAAGAAGCAUGGCACCUGUGUCUGUUUGGCUUCUGGUGAGGACCUCAGGCUGCUUCCAUUCAUGAUGGAAGGUAAAGGGGAGCCAGUGUGUGCAGAGCAGAGAUCACCUGACUUGGAAUCCAGUCGUGAGAUUAACAAGUUAUCUUCAGAAAAGGAAAUUUAUGAAAUGGAAUCACUCCAGUGGGAGAAUAUGGGGAAGUUUAUCAACCAUCACGUUCAAUACAAUGGUCCUGGAGACAAUAUGGAGUGCAAAGACAACUUAGGGGGUCAAGAAGGAAGUCAGGAAGGACUUUACAUGUAUGUCAAAAUUACCUGUGAAGAAAAGGCCACUGAAAGCCAUUCAACCUCUUCUACUUUUCACCAGAUAAUUCCUACCAAGGAAAAAUUGCACAAAUGUAAGGAAUGUAGACAAGAUUUUUGCUACCUGUCAUGCCUUAUUCAACAUGAGAAAAAUCAUAAUACAGAAAAACGCUCUAAAGUCAGGAAGCAUAGGAAUACCUGCAGCAAAAAGCCAAGCUAUAGUCAACAUCAGAUAAUUCAGACUGGUGAGAAACCUUAUGAGUGUAUGGAAUGUGGAAAGGCCUUUGGUCGUAGUUCUGAUCUCAUUCAACAUCAGAAAAUUCAUACUAAUGAAAAACCUUAUCAGUGUAAAGCAUGUGGGAAAGCUUUUAUUCGUGGUUCACAGCUCACUGAACAUCAGAGAGUUCAUACAGGAGAGAAACCAUAUGAAUGUAAGAAAUGUGGAAAAGCCUUUAGCUACUGUUCACAAUAUACGCUUCAUCAGAGAGUUCAUAGUGGUGAAAAACCUUAUGAAUGUAAAGAAUGUGGGAAGGCCUUUAUUCUUGGGUCUCAACUUACUUACCAUCAAAGAAUUCAUAGUGGUGAGAAACCCUAUGAGUGUAAGGAAUGUGGAAAGGCCUUUAUUCUUGGUUCACACCUUACAUAUCAUCAGAGAGUUCAUACUGGUGAAAAGCCUUAUAUAUGUAAAGAAUGUGGGAAAGCCUUUUUAUGUGCCUCCCAACUGAAUGAACAUCAGAGAAUUCAUACAGGUGAGAAGCCCUAUGAAUGUAAAGAAUGCGGAAAGGCCUUUUUUCGUGGCUCACAACUUACUUACCACCUGAGAGUUCAUUCAGGUGAGAGACCCUAUAAGUGCAAAGAAUGUGGGAAAGCUUUUAUUUCUAAUUCUAAUCUUACUCAACAUCAAAGAAUUCAUACGGGAGAGAAGCCCUACAAAUGUAAGGAAUGUGGAAAGGCCUUUAUUUGUAGCAAACAACUUAGUGAACAUCAGAGAAUUCAUACAGGUGAGAAACCCUUUGAAUGUAAGGAAUGUGGAAAGGCUUUUAUUCGUGUUGCAUAUCUUACUCAACAUGAGAAAAUUCAUGGUGAGAAACAUUAUGAAUGUAAGGAAUGUGGGAAGACCUUUGUUCGUACUACACAACUUACAUAUCAUCAAAGAAUUCAUACAGGUGAAAAGCCCUACAAAUGUAAGGAAUGUAACAAGGCCUUUAUUUAUGGCUCACAGCUUAGUGAACAUCAGAGAAUUCAUAGAGGUGAAAAACCUUAUGAAUGUAAACAAUGUGGGAAGGCUUUUAUUCGUGGUUCACACCUUACUGAACAUCUGAGAACUCAUACUGGAGAGAAACCCUAUGAAUGUAAGGAAUGUGGGAAAGCCUUUAGUCGUGGUUCAGAACUUACUCUGCAUCAAAGGAUCCAUACUGGUGAGAAACCCUAUACAUGUGUCCAGUGUGGCAAAGACUUUAGACGUCCUUCACAACUUACUCAACAUAUAAAGCUUCAUAAUUGAGAAAGCCUGGAAUGUGAUUAAAUAUAAGAAGGUCUUCAUCAUCAAUAUUAUAUCUAUAUGAAUGUAGGACAUCCUUUUGCUUCUGCUUAGAAUCGACUCAUUCUUAGAAGGCCUAUAUUAACCUGGAUGCAGAAUGACUUCAGAAACCCCUUAGAUAAUUUACAUUUGUAUAACCCUAGAAUAUAAAGCUGAAUUAUAUCCUUUAUCAAGGAUCAUCUCCAUUUCACCAUAUCCUAGCUGAAAUCAGAUACAUUUCUUAAUUUCAUUUGUAAAAUACUGUAAUUUUAUUAUAAUGAUGAAAUUAUAAAUAAUUAAAUACAUAUAAUUCCCUUU